UUAUGUCGAUCAACCACCCAUUUUUUAUUGGUUAUACAUGAAAAUGCAACGGUUUAUUGACAAGAAAACUUCAAAAUGAAGUCAGAUACGUUAUUGACGAUAUUUGAUUGAAAAUAUCUCGGUUAAUCGGUUGACUUAGCCGAUAGAAAUGGAAUCUUAAGUGCUCGGCGUUGGGCGGGAGCUUGAAAUGGCGGCGUGAUUGGCCUUCUUUAACACAAUAGCGAAGAAAAAAGACUUUGUUGAGCAUCUGGUGUUAGGGAACUCUCCAGCUGGGUAAGUUCCAAAUGCAAGUCAAGAUUAGAAAGUUUGCUCCGAUACUAGCACACCAAUAUGAAUCUUCCGAAGCUACUCAUCGUUUUUUCCCCAUUCCUGUUUUUGAGCAUGUAUACUAAUUCAGAGUUUCAAUUCAUGAAUUUCAUGGAAAAAUCAGGACAUGCCCUUGUGGGUUUUGUCAUCGAGACUUCCAACACAGCAGAUGAGUUGAAAUGUAAGUUGAAGUGCCUAGUGGUGGACGGAUGCAAGUCUGUGAAUAUUGGAAAGAGAAACGGUGACGAGCCUCUAUUCACCUGUGAGGUCAACAACUCAACGCACCUUGAACAGCCACUUGCUCUCCGCCGGCGAGCGAGAUUCGCUUAUCACGGCUUUGCGGAUCCGUGUUUCUCUGGACCUUGCUUGAAUGGAGGCAGUUGUACCUCUGACCACUCCUCAUGGACUUACCGCUGUACAUGUGGAUUGGAGAUCAAAGAGGCUCCAUUUUUGAAUGACCACUGCGCCAUUGACCCUCAAAUGCUUCAAACGUCGGCUGGAAUUUUCAGUAACGUAUUUGACGUUAGCGGAUAUAAAUCACGGCUACUGAGUUUCUCCGAGGCGGAGCGUGCUUGCCAGGCGUUUGGCGCUCGCAUGGCCUCUCGGGAAGAGCUUAUCGAGGCUUGGGAAAAUGGAUAUCACUUAUGCAGAUGGGGCUGGCUAUCUGAUGUCUCUAGGGGCAUUCCCAUACAGCGUCCAUCUAGUAAUUGUGGCGGGGCAGACGGUGUUCCGGGGGUAUACAUUUUGAUCACCCAUGAGGCAAAGACUUUUGAAGCUCAUUGCUACAGAGAGAUAGAUGCAUGUAACGAGGAGGACUGGUCUGUGAAUGGACACAAAUGUUACCGGUUCGUCCUUGACCGUCGCGUGAGCUGGUCGGAAGCGGCACGUUUCUGUCACGUGCUAGAUGCAAGCCUCGCCUCGGCUGAGACACUUGAGAAGUUGAGAUUUGUGCGACGUCACGUGAUGAUGAGAAGCAAUGUCACCGACAUAUUUAUCGGACUUCAGCAGAUUGACGGACAAUGGGGUUGGCUGAACAGCACAGAUACAGUGUCUGCUAUCCUGUGGAACGAGACGGCACCGCGCUCGCAAGGAACUGUGGGGGCUGUUUUGAUCGAGACGGGCAGACUUGUCGAUAUCCCGGAUGGAGAAGAGCUUCCCUUCGUCUGCGAGAAAGCGCUUCCUUGAAUCUACCUGAAAAAACUAAAACCUCUAUAUAACGAACAUAUAUGAACACUAUAUAUAGACUGGGACCUCUAUAUAACGAACCUAUAUGAACACUAAGUCACUGUAAUCACUGUAAAGACAGUGUUUAUAUAAUUUUGUUAUAUAGAGGUUGCACUGUAUAGACAGUGUUCACAUAGGUUCGUUAUAUAGAGGUUCCACUGUAUAGACAGUGUUCAUAUAGGUUCGUUAUAUAGAGGUCUCACUGUAUAGCCAGGGUUCAUAUAGGUUCGUAAUAUAGAGGUUCCACUGUAUAGACAGUGUUCACAUAGGUUCGUUAUAUAGAGGUUCCACUGUAUAGACAGUGUUCAUAUAGGUUCGUUAUAUAGAGGUCUCACUGUAUAGCCAGGGUUCAUAUAGGUUCGUAAUAUAGAGGUUCCACUGUAUAGACAGUGUUCACAUAGGUUCGUUAUAUAGAGGUUUCACUGUAUAGACAGUGUUCAUAUAGGUUCGUUAUAGAGAGUUCUCACUGUAUAGACAGUGUUCAUAUAGGUUCGUUAGAGAGAGGUUUCACUGUAUAGACAGUGUUCAUAUAGGUUGGUUAUAUAGAGGUUCCACUGUAUAGACAGUGUUCAUAUAGGUUGGUUAUAUAGAGGUUACACUGUAUAGACAUUGUCUUUAUAGGUUCGUUAUAUAGAGGUUCCACUGUAUAGACAGUGUUCAUAUAGGUUGGUUAUAUAGAGGUUAUAUGUAUAGACAAAAUUCAUAUAGGUUCGUUAUAGAGAGGUUCCACUGUAUAGACAGAGUUCAUAUAGGUUGGUUAUAUAGAGGUUACACUGUAUAGACAGUGUUCUUAUAGGUUCGUUAUAUAGAGGUUCCACUGUAUAGACAGUGUUCAUAUAGGUUCGUUCUAUAGAGGUCUCACUGUUUAGAAGGUGUUCAUUGAGAUUCGUUAUACAGAGGUUUCACCGUAGAGACAGUGUUAUAUAGGUUCGUUAUAUAGAGGUUCCGCUGUAUAGACAGUGUUCAUAUAGGUUCGGUAUAUAGAUGUUUCACUGCAUAGACAGUGUUUAUAUAGGAUCGUUAUAUAGAGGAUCUCACUGUAUUGACUGUAUAUUGACUGUGUUCAUAUAGGUUCAUUAUAUAGAGGUCUCACUGUAUUGACUGUAUAUUGAUUGUGUUCAUAUAGGUUCAGUAUAUAGAGGUUUCACUAUAUAGACAAUGUUUAUAUAGGAUCCUUAUAUAGAGGUUUCACUGUAUAGACAGUGUUCAUAUAGGUUCGUUAUAUAGAGGUUUCACUGUAUAGACAAUGUUUAUAUAGGAUCCUUAUAUAGAGGUUUCACUGUAUAGACAGUGUUGAUAUAGGUUCGUUAUAUAGAGGUUUCACUGUAUAGACAGUGCUCAUAUAUGUUCGUUAUAUAGAGGUUAUAUGUAUAGACAAAAUUCAUAUAGGUUCGUUAUAUAGAGGUUUCACUGUAUAGACAGUGUUCAUAUAGGUUCGUAUAUAGAGGUUUUACUGUAUAGACAGUGCUCAUAUAUGUUCGUUAUAUAGAGGUUAUAUGUAUAGACAAAAUUCAUAUAGGUUCGUUAUAUAGAGGUUCCACUGUAUAGACAGUGUUUAUAUAGGUUCGUUAGAUAGAGGUUUCACUAUAUAGACAAUGUUUAUAUAGGAUCGUUAUAUAGAGGUCUCACUGUAUAUACAGUGUUCAUAUAGGUUCGUUAUAUAGAGGUCUCACUGUAUAUACAGUGUUCAUAUAGGUUCGUUAUAUAGAGGAUCUCACUGUAUUGACUGUAUAUUGACUGUGUUCAUAUAGGUUCAUUAUAUAGAGGUCUCACUGUAUUGCCUGUAUAUUGACUGUGUUCAUAUAGAUUCGGUAUAUAGAGGUUCCACUAUAUAGACAGUGUUCAUAUAGGUUCGGUAUAUAGAGGUUCCACUGUAUGGACAGUGUUCAUAUAGGUUCGUUAUAGAGAGGUUUCACUGUAUAGACAGUGUUCAUAUAGGUUCGUUAUAGAGAGGUUUCACUGUAUAGACAUUGUUUAUAUAGGUUCGUUAUAUAGAGGUUAUAUGUAUAGACAGUGUUCAUAUAGGUUCAUUAUAUAAAGGUCUCACUGUAAAGACAGUGUUCAUAUAGGUUCGUUAGAUAGAGGUUUCACUGUAUAGACAGUGUUUAUAUAGGUUCGUUAUAUAGAGGUUCAACUGUAUAGACAGUGUUUAUAUAGGUUCGUUAUAGAGAGGUUUCACUGUAUAGACAGUGUUUAUAUAGGUUCGUUAUAUAGAUGUUUCACGGUAUAGACAGUGUUCAUAAAGGUUCGUUAUAGAGAGGUUUCACUGUAUAGACAGUGUUCAUAUAGGUUCGUUAUAUAGAGGUUCCACUGUAUAGACAGUGUUUAUAUAGGUUCGUUAUAUAGAGGUUUCACUGUAUAGAUAGUGUUUAUAUAGGUUCGUAUAUAGAGGUUUCACUGUAAAGACAGUGUUUAUAUAGGUUCGUAUAUAGAGGUUUCGCUGUAUAAACAGUGUUUAUAUAGAUUCGUUAUAUAGAGGUUUCACUGUCUAGACAGUGUUUAUAUAGGUUCCUAUAUAGAGGUUUCACUGUAUAGACAGUGUUUAUAUAGGUUCGUAUAUAGAGGUUUCGCUGUAUAGACAGUGUUUAUAUAAGUUCGUUAUAUAGAGGUUCCACUGUAUAGACAGUGUUUAUAUAGGUUCGUUAUAUAGAGGUUCCACUGUAUAGACAGUGUUCAUAUAGGUUGGUUAUAUAGAGGUCUCACUGUAUAGACAGUGUUUAUAUAGGUUGGUUAUAUAGAGGUUCCACUGUAUAGACAGUGUUCAUAUAGGUUCGUUAUAGAGAGGUCGCACUGUAUAGACAAUGUUCAUAUAGGUUCGUUAUAGAGAGGUCGCACUGUAUAGACAAUGUUCAUAUAGGUUCGUUAGAUAGAGGUCUCACUUGCUCAUAUAGGUUCGGUAUAUAGAGGUUCCACUGCAUGGACAGUGUUCAUAUAGGUUUCACUAUAUAGACAGUGUUUAUAUAGGAUCGUUAUAUAGAGGUUCCACUGUAUGGACAGUGUUCAUAUAGGUUCGUUAUAGAGAGGUCUCACUGUAUAGACAGUGUUUAUAUAGGUUCGUUAUAUAGAGGUUAUAUGUAUAGACAAAAUUCAUAUAGGUUCGUUAUAGAGAGGUUUCACUGUAUAGACAGUGUUUAUAUAGGUUCGUUAUAUAGAGGUUUCACUGUAUAGACAGUGUUUAUAUAGGUUCGUUAUAUAGAGGUUUCGCUGUAUAGACAGUGUUUAUAUUGUUUCGUUAUAUAGAGGUUUCACUGUAUAGACAGUGUUUAUAUAGGUUGGUUAUAUAGAGGUCUCACUGUAUAGACAGUGUUUAUAUAGGUUGGUUAUAUAGAGGUUCCACUGUAUAGACAGUGUUCAUAUAGGUUCGUUAUAGAGAGGUCGCACUGUAUAGACAAUGUUCAUAUAGGUUCGUUAUAGAGAGGUCGCACUGUAUAGACAAUGUUCAUAUAGUUUCGUUAGAUAGCGGUCUCACUUGCUCAUAUAGGUUCGGUAUAUAGAGGUUCCACUGCAUGGACAGUGUUCAUAUAGGUUUCACUAUAUAGACAGUGUUUAUAUAGGAUCGUUAUAUAGAGGUUCCACUGAAUGGACAGUGUUCAUAUAGGUUCGUUAUAGAGAGGUCUCACUGUAUAGACAGUGUUUAUAUAGGUUCGUUAUAUAGAGGUUAUAUGUAUAGACAAAAUUCAUAUAGGUUCGUUAUAGAGAGGUUUCACUGUAUAGACAGUGUUUAUAUAGGUUCGUUAUAUAGAGGUUUCACUGUAUAGACAGUGUUUAUAUAGGUUCGUUAUAUAGAGGUUUCACUGUAUAGACAGUGUUUAUAUAGGUUCGUUAUAUAGAGGUUUCGCUGUAUAGACAGUGUUUAUAUUGUUUCGUUAUAUAGAGGUUUCACUGUAUAGACAGUGUCUAUAUAGGUUGGUUAUAUAGAGGUUCCACUGUAUAGACAGUGUUUAUAUAGGUUCGUUAUAUAGAGGUUUUGCUGUAUAGACAGUGUUUAUAUAGGUUCGUUAUAUAGAGGUUUCACUGUAUAGACAGUGUUUAUAUAGGUUCGUAUAUAGAGGUCUCACUGUAUAGACAGUGUUUAUAUAGGUUCGUAUAUAGAGGUUUCACUGUAUAGACAGUGUUCAUAUAGGUUCGUUAUAUAGAGGUUCCACUGUAUAGACAGUGUUCAUAUAGGUUCGUUAUAGAGAGGUUUCACUGUACAGACAGUGUUUAUAUAGGUUCGUUAUAUAGAGGUUUCACGGUAUAGACAGUGUUUAUAUAGGUUCGGUAUAUAGAGGUUCCACUGUAUGGACAGUGUUUAUAUAGGUUCGGUAUAUAGAGGUUCCACUGUAUGGACAGUGUUCAUAUAGGUUCGGUAUAUAGAGGUUCCACUGUAUGGACAGUGUUCAUAUAGGUUCGGUAUAUAGAGGUUCCACUGUAUAGACAGUGUUCAUAUAGGUUCGUUAGAUAGAGGUCUCACUGUAUAGACAAUGUUCAUAUAGAUUCGUUAUAUAGAGGUCUCACUUGCUCAUAUAGGUUCGGUAUAUAGAGGUUCCACUGUAUGGACAGUGUUCAUAUAGGUUUCACUAUAUAGACAGUGUCAUAUAGGUUCGUUAUAUAGAGGUUUCGCUGUAUAGACAGUGUUUAUAUAGGUUCGUUAUAUAGAGGUUUCACUGUAUAGACAGUGUUUAUAUAGGUUCGUAUAUAGAGGUUUUACUGUAUAGACAGUGUUUAUAUAGGUUCAUUAUAUAGAGGUUUCACUGUAUAGACAGUGUUUAUAUAGGUUCGUAUAUAGAGGUUCCACUGUACAGACAGUGUUUAUAUAGGUUCGUUAUAUAGAGGUUCCACUGUAUAGACAGUGUUUAUAUAGGUUCGUAUAUAGAGGUUUCACUGUAUAGACAGUGUUUAUAAAGGUUGUUAUAUAGAUACGUAGAGAUGUACCGAGGGGCGUAAGGGGGCCACGAAAACCACAAAAGCGUAUAGAAAAUCGCAAAACUGCAUCAGAGUUUUGUGAAAAGCCGAAACCGCAAAACCGCACACAAAAAAGAAAUCUACAAAACCUCAUUACCGCAAACCCUUACGCCUCCUCUGUAACAUUUAUGUUAAAUAUCAGGGGCUCAUAAGCCCUUGUAAAUAUCAAUUGUAAACUGUCAACGAAAUAAUAAAGAUGACUUCUGCCUCCAAAA